UGCAAAUUCAAAGUACGCGAGAAGGUGACUCUAGAUAUCAUGCACCCUUUGACCAAUCAAGUACUUCUCAUUUCCCUUUUGCGAUGAGCUUUAUGUUUCCUUAAUCUCAGGAAUAACAAACCAUGGCCAAGCUCCGCUUCCCCCAUCAUCUCCGCCAAAGUAGCAUUCUCCUCACCCAGUCCCGUCCCCCACAAGGGACACAGGCCGCACCGCUACAUCCCCCAACGAUACAGCUCUGUGCCCCACACCGUGCCGAUGUGCGUGUUCCCCGUCGAUAUCUGGCUCAGAUCCGCCAUGAUGACUCUACAGAACUAGGCUUCUUGCAGCCUACGCCGGUUUACUUCUCUGCCUACAAUCCUCAGCGAUGGAGUAUGGGGCUGGGCAAUGAUAAUGACAACGGGGACCAUAAGCCAGUAGAUGAGCGGAUAUUGAAGCUAGGGAAAACUCUUCGCAUCCUCUCCUCCCAUCUUCCAGGCAUCCUUGUCAACCCACUACCACAAGAGAUCCUUUCACCCAACAUAUCUCUUCAUCUGUUCCCUUCGACACACCCCCACCUCCCUACAGUGAAAGGCAGAGUGCCCUACCGCGCAGCUUUGUGGACAGCCCCAGUAGCCUGGGGAAGUGUCCCCAUAGUCGGCAACGUCCGGUUAGAGAUUAUGAGCGAACGAAUGGUGAAUGCGCCAUCCAUCGUGGAAUACGAUGAAGAGCAUAGAUACGGUGAUGAGAAGCUAGUAGUGCGCUGGCGAACUGAAGGCGGGGAGACCGAUUCCACUGGCUACUUCAGGAAAUCUAGUCCAAAAGGCAUUACACCGGCCGCCAAUGGGAGAACUGCGACGAAUGGCUCUACUACUGCCAAUGGAGAUAUCGGGAGUAGUCGUACAACGCAAUCAGCGCUGUCAUCCUCAUCUAAUGGAACAAAUCGUGGCCUCAGCAAGCUGUUAGGCGGGGACGCGCCGAUUUUUAAAUUAGGCAAAGAAGAACAGUUUAGCGGGCUGUUCAUCUUCUUGUUUGAUGACCAGGGCCGCAUUGCCAGCCAUACGAUUGAACAUGCGGACGAGAGUAGUGGGUGGGAUAGGACCGCGAGGGUUGUCACCCUAACUGACUGGCUGCUUGGAAAGGCCAAAUGGGGGGGAUCCCGAGGCGAUGCUGGCGCUACGCCUGCACUCGCUGUUGGUCUAGAGCUUUCGCGGGAGGACAAAAUGUUGUUCAAAAACGACCCUUGAAAGUGAAUUUAAGAUGAUAUACCUAGGACGCACGCACGCAGUUUGCCAUACCCAAGUGUCUGCUUACUCGUUUACUUUGAAUCGCGCCGUCAUAAUUUUCCAAACUUUCCCAUCCCUUCUUCAGCGCGCCAUACAAUAGUUUUGGUCCGUUGUUUUCUUUCAAAAUGAUCUGCAUUGGCGUCCUCGAGGGAUUUUCCUAAUUUUCCAUUCAGAUCGAGCAUGGCUUUCUUCCUUUUGUUGUCACAUAAUUAUAGUCUCUACCACUACUUCCCUGUCCUUGAUUCUAUCUCACUGUCACUUCCUAUUCCCCAUAUCCGGACAUGAGGUACCGACAGAAUUGAGUGGGGCAAAUUUUCUUCUCUUGGAAUUCAUAGUUUGGACAGCAGGCCGCGGAGUUUGGGAAUGGCAGCGUCCAGGCGACUAUCCCUUACGGCUAAAGAUAUGUAUACUAAUUUUUUCCCUUUUGUCGAUUUCAAUUUCAAUUUUCUACCUUCAGUCUUCGGGCGCGCACUACGGGAGCUGGGAAUUGGGCUGCGGUUGGGAAAUUGAUUAUUCGAAUAUAUGAGCAAUUGUGCAUGGAUGUAUGUACAUGUACAUGUACGUAUCAACACAUAUGUCCACAAAGGAGACGUAUAAACGCAAUCUCCACUUUUACAAACGAUUAGUUGUGAUCCUUCUUCAGACACCUAACUAAACUUCAUGCUUCACCAUUUGAAAAAAAUAAAUAGAAAACCCAUUUUAUACCGUAUUAAAUUUCCUCCUACCCGUUUUCUUUUUCUUUUUCUUUCUAUUACUCAUUCUACCUCACAGCCCAAUAUUUCAUUAUCAGUUAAAUAUAAUGUAUGUGCCCCUUUUUCACCAUAUCAUAUGCAGGCGGAACUCUAGCGAACAAAAGUGUAAGAGGAUGCAACCGAAAA